UGGACCGACAAGAGCACCCAUCUCCGUCACCGACGUAAAACGAUUCCUAGAAUAUCUGUAGCGUCGCGCGGAGCCCUCCAGACGCUGUUUACGUAGCGUCUCGGCCGUGCGUAGCGUUAAAGUUGGAGCAGUCUCAGCGGCCGCCGCCAUUUUGUGCAGUUGCUGGGACGGAAAGGAGACGCCUAAACCGUGGCACCGCCCGGUUUGAGCGUGACCAGACCUCCCAACUGUACUAACAACCCCGAUUCUCUGAGUUUUGCUCCCGUCUCCGACGAGAGAGGCGGCGACGGUGGCGUCUGCGACGGGAGACAGCGCGUCGGAGCGAGACAGCGCCGCGCCUGCCGCCGCCCCAACAGCGGAGGCGCCGCCGCCAUCGGUCAUCACUAGACCAGAGCCGCAAGCCCUCCCGAGCUCAGUCAUCCGUGCCCCGCUCCCAGAUCUUUAUCCGUUUGGGACCAUGCGCGGAGGCGGCUUUGGGGAUCGGGACCGUGAUAGGGACCGUGGAGGGUUUGGAGCAAGAGGUGGCAGUGGGCUUCCCCCGAAGAAGUUUGGUAAUCCUGGGGAGCGUUUACGAAAAAAGAAGUGGGAUUUGAGUGAACUCCCCAAGUUUGAGAAGAAUUUUUAUGUCGAGCAUCCAGAAGUAGCAAGACUCACUCCGUAUGAGGUGGAUGAGCUGCGUCGCAAGAAAGAGAUCACAGUGAGGGGCGGAGAUGUCUGUCCAAAGCCUGUCUUUGCCUUCCACCAUGCUAACUUUCCACAGUACGUAAUGGAUGUGCUGAUGGAUCAGCACUUUACAGAACCAACGCCCAUCCAGUGCCAGGGGUUUCCUUUGGCUCUUAGCGGCAGAGAUAUGGUUGGCAUUGCACAGACUGGCUCUGGAAAGACAUUGGCGUAUUUGCUGCCUGCGAUUGUUCAUAUAAACCACCAACCAUACUUGGAAAGAGGAGACGGCCCAAUUUGUCUAGUGCUGGCUCCCACCAGAGAGCUGGCACAGCAGGUGCAGCAGGUGGCCGACGAUUACGGGAAAUGCUCUAGGUUGAAGAGUACAUGCAUUUACGGAGGUGCUCCUAAAGGUCCCCAGAUUCGGGACUUGGAAAGAGGUGUUGAGAUUUGCAUAGCCACUCCUGGCCGCCUAAUAGAUUUCCUGGAGUCAGGAAAGACAAACCUUCGACGAUGUACUUACCUUGUGUUGGAUGAAGCUGACCGGAUGCUUGAUAUGGGCUUUGAGCCACAGAUCCGUAAAAUUGUUGACCAAAUCAGGCCUGACCGGCAGACACUGAUGUGGAGUGCAACCUGGCCGAAGGAAGUAAGGCAGCUUGCAGAGGAUUUCCUGCGUGACUACACCCAGAUCAAUGUGGGCAAUCUGGAGCUGAGUGCCAACCACAACAUCCUUCAGAUUGUGGAUGUCUGUAUGGAGAGUGAAAAAGAUCACAAAUUGAUCCAGCUGAUGGAAGAAAUCAUGGCAGAAAAGGAAAAUAAAACUAUAAUAUUUGUGGAGACAAAGAGGCGCUGUGAUGACCUCACCCGAAGGAUGCGCAGAGAUGGUUGGCCCGCUAUGUGUAUCCAUGGAGACAAGAGUCAACCAGAAAGAGAUUGGGUACUUAAUGAGUUCCGAUCUGGAAAGGCUCCUAUUCUCAUUGCCACGGAUGUAGCCUCCCGUGGGCUAGAUGUGGAAGAUGUCAAGUUUGUCAUCAACUACGAUUAUCCAAACAGCUCAGAGGACUAUGUUCAUCGUAUUGGCCGAACGGCCCGCAGCACCAACAAGGGCACUGCCUAUACUUUCUUUACCCCCGGCAACCUGAAGCAGGCUAGAGAGCUGAUCAAAGUAUUGGAAGAGGCCAAUCAGGCCAUCAAUCCAAAAUUGAUGCAGCUCGUGGACCACAGAGGUGGCGGCGGAGGAGGGGGUAAGGGAGGCCGCUCACGAUACCGGACUACUUCUUCAGCCAACAAUCCCAAUCUGAUGUAUCAGGAUGAGUGUGACCGGAGGCUUCGAGGGGUCAAGGAUGGUGGCCGUAGAGAUUCUACAAGCUACAGGGAUCGUAGUGAAACCGAUAGAGCCAGUUAUGCUAAUGGCAGUGGCUAUGGAAGCCCGAAUUCUGCCUUUGGGGCACAAGCAGGCCAAUACACGUAUGCUCAAGGCACCUAUGGGGCAGCUGCCUAUGGCACCAGUGGCUAUACGGCCCAGGAGUAUGCUGCUGGCACUUACGGGGCUAGCAGCACUGCCUCAGCCGGGAGGAGCGCCCAGAGCUCCAGCCAGCAGUUUAGUGGGAUAGGCCGAUCCGGGCAGCAGCCGCAGCCACUGAUGUCACAGCAGUUUGCACAGCCUCCAGGAGCCACCAAUAUGAUAGGCUACAUGGGGCAGACUGCUUACCAGUACCCUCCCCCUCCCCCUCCCCCUCCGCCAUCUCGUAAAUGAAACUGCUUGGCGGGAGUGACUCGUGCAGAUGAAUUACAUCUAAAGGAACACCAUCUCUUACCCUUCUAGACCUUUUCAUUUUUAUUUUUUCUUUUCCCAACCAUUAUGGUUUAUCUUUUUUUUUUUUUAA